GCAUCGCUUCCUGGACAACAGAGACAUGCAGAUCAGAGGCCAGAUACGCUCUCCUGACGCGAAAAGAUGCUGACGGCACGUGGCAGGUGUACCCUAUCAUAUACGAACUACAGCUACAUCGCAUAUUUAACCUCUAGCUUCUUCCAUACAACUGUGACCCGGAGCCCCUCGCCCUCGCUCUUCCCUCCAGCCCUCCUACGGACGCCCACCCAGCACAGGUGAAUGACAUGGACACACUUGGCCAACUGUGCACGUGAUGGCCUGGGACAGAAGUGCGCAUAUAUCGGAAAGGAAACUCGUGAAUGUAAACUGCACCUGUGCGUCUCUUCUUUCCUUCAAACUAUGACGAUUCUGACGUGUAGCUAAGAAAAAGCACGGGAACAGAUUACGAACCUAGGAAGUUGGUGGAAUCACGAUACGCGUUUACAGGAGAGAGUAUAAAGUUGUGAAAUCGAACUUUACAGAAAAAAAAAAUACACCGAGAGCGAACGAACUACUCAGAGACAGCUGAAUGCGUGCGGGUGGACACAGCCGCUGCACUGAACAAUCACCAAGUCAGUCAAGCACCGAGUGAUGUCAGGUCGGUAGAAGGCACACCCCGAGGGCAUUCAGUCGAUUAGGCACACACGUCCCGCAUCGACUGAGCCAAUUACGGGUGCGUCAAGAACUCUCUCGAUCAAGCCAUCAAGGUGAAUAUUUAAAACCGCACAAAGAAAGCUGACUCACCCAAAAACUCAACCCGUAACCUGAGAACCCGCCACACCGCACCACCUACGUUCUCGGUAUACCUGGCCUCCGGGACACCUGCUUAUCGAUCCUGUGAAAAACAAACUCGGCCCGCCAGUCCUGUAGCCACCCACUCAGCCGCCCCACCUAGGAUGUCACCUGGGAGCGCCACCCAAUCAACCCCACCUGCCGCCCCCCUCCCACGCCCCUAGCCCAUACCCCCCGCGCCAGACGAGGGGGGGUCGGGCGUGAUGGUGGGCGUGUACGAGGUUGGCAAGUGGGGGUGGGUUGCCCGCUCCUCCCCCACAGACAAGACCAACAACAAGCAGCUCAGCAUCCACGUAAUCUCCGAUGGCAUCACGCGGCUGCCUAUCCUCGAAGGGGAGAUCUCACACAUCGAGAUUCCCCGGCGACACUCAGCUCUUGGCCUCACCAUCGUGGGCGGCGCCGACACUCCUCUGCGGUGCGUGGUGGUACAGGAAGUGUUCCCGGACGGCCUGGUUGCUCAGGAUGGACGCCUUCAGCCCGGCGAUCAGAUUAUAGAGGUAGACGGGGUGGACAUGACUUCCGCAACUCAUCAGGCUGUGUGUCAGGCCUUGCGGAGGCCCAACGCCGUGUUGCGCCUCGGUGUCUACCGUGAGAGGAUCGAAGCGUACCGCACUUCUCCUCCCCCCGGACAUGAGGACAUACACGGCACCCCAAUGGAAAGUGUGGAACAAGGUGAAAUGAUGGCUGUUACGCUACGUAAGGAAAGCAGCCGACAGCUGGGGCUAAAACUUGGGGGGCGCCGCACCGAGCCAGGGAUCUUCGUGAUGGAUGUGCUGGAGGGUUCUGUGGCGGCCCAGGAUGGACGGCUCCAUCCACAUGACCGCAUCCUAGCCAUCAAUGGAGCGGAUGUGCGUUAUGCCCGUCUGGACCAUGCCUCCACCCUCAUCCAGGAGUCUCAGAACCGAGUGAGCCUGAUAGUGCGCCGAGGACCGGGACCCACCGCAUUUGAGUACAGUGGUCGUGCCACUGUCCCAUCGCCUGAAUGUCCACCCCACGCCUGGCGCUGCAGCCCCAGUGACAACGGGUCUCAAGGCUCACAAGGGGAGGAGCGGAGUGUCAGUGAGGGUGGGUGUGGGGGCGGUCCUCUACAGUAUGGCCGAUCGGCUUCCUGUGACUCUCUAAGUGACCACAGUCUUGUGUCAUCCUCCAUGCUCUCAUCCCCCAGCACAGGCCUGCCCUCUGAUGCAGGAGGAGGGGCUGGUUCUCCUCCUAGAGGCAUCUCUCCCACCACAUCAUCUCCCAGUUAUUGCACCUCGGACACUGAUGACGUGGAUAUACAUCCCCACCAAGCAGCCAGUGACCCACACUACCAAGCACAUCACCAUUCCCAUCAAGCUGCCGUCAACCCUCAAGUUGACCACAAUGUUCACCACACUACCUCUAUCUCCCUGCCAGUCACUCCCAGGGGAGGCCAGGUGCCCGACGACACUCAUGAAUUUGUUGCUGGCCUGAGGCGGCUCCUGCAUUCAGAAAAUCAGCAACUCCAACAGAAGAAUAUCACCAUAAAAAAGGGUGUGCGAGAGAGCCUGGGCAUGAGGAUAGGUGGUGGCCUCGGCAGUAAUGAAGGGGACACGCCCAUCUAUAUCGCAAAUAUCAAUACACAGGGACCUGUUGGCAGGCGACGCUCCGUGAAGAAGGGAGACGUGGUGCUGUCGGUGAACGGGCAGUCACUGGUGGGCCUGACGCAUGGGCAGGCUGUGGCGCUACUCAAGGCAACGGCCGAGCUGUCCAGUGUCACACUUUCGCUCCUCGACGGACCAGAAACAUCGCUGGGCUCCGCCAACUUUGUGCCGUCAUGGCUCUUCUGGCAAAAGCUACCUCGCUCCCUGCAUGUCUCCAAGAGCGUGGUGCUGCACCGUGCUCCUGGUGCCUCGCUGGGCUUCAGCAUUGUGGGCGGUGCUGACCCUCAGCGCGGCGCAGAGCCCAUCCACGUGCUGUUCGUGGUGCAGUCCUCGCCAGCAGCAGCUGACGGAAAACUGCGCUGUGGCGACCGACUGCUGGCAGUGGAUGGCCACCCACUGGAGCUGGUGCGGCAUGCAGCCGCCGUGGCCCUGCUCAAGCAGGCUGGGCAGCGGGUGCACCUGCAGGUUGUGUCCUGGCUGGGCACGGAGCUGUGACCUACUCUGCAGAUCAUAUUCAAGCCUGGCUGGUCAGAAUUGCUACCCUCAAGACUGACACAUCAUUAUGAGGAAUGGCUGUGUGGACAAGCAUGUCCCACAAGUUCUAUUACAGUCACAAGCUUUUUAGUUUCCAUUACUUCACCACCAAAAAUACAAAUGAUCAGAUGAAUUGCCUCACCUGUACACUAAUUUAACAGAAGCUUUUUUUCCCAUUGUGUAAGCAAUCAACAUCAGUGAUGCCUUCAUUUCUAUUCAUACCGAGUUUCUACUCAUCAUUUCCAUAAACUUUUCAAAUUUCUGCAUGGAGAAUGAUUGGUUCUUCAUAGGUAUAGGCUACACGUUCCUGUAUGUGCGUGCAUACAACAUGCAAAGGUGGUUCUAAAUCAUUUUGAGAUCAACGCUUAGUCUUAAAAUAAAAUUAUACUUGUUACUUCGUUUCCUAUGAUUUUACUGAAUCUAAGGCACUUAUUUAUGCAGUCCAGUAUCUUUUAUCAAACAAAAAAAUCAGGUACAUAACUAUUUUUAUUUUUCAUUGUGCAAAUGAGGCAACUAUUAUUUGAAAAUUUUCACACUAAUGGAAAAAUUCACACAAGGUACCCUGCUGUGCCUCAGACACUCAUACCCCAUAACCAAGAAGGCCCUGCCUGUCUCUCUGUAAAAUUAAUGGAAAGCAUUAUGCUUUCAUGGUCAUGAUGAUGAUGAAUAUAAUGAUGACGAUCAUGCAGUGUCAAUAAUCCAAGGUUUCACAACUAACAAAGUGCAGAUUCCCCGUGCAUCUUUGCUACAAUUCAUGACAUGUCAGAAACACUAACUAUAUAGUAAGCCAUUGCUCACCAGUGUACACUGUAAUAAGAAUUGAUAAGAUCUUUGAUAUAUUCACAUAUAGGUUUUCCAGCUUACAAAACCUUACUCUGCUAAUCUUACUAUUCAAGAUAACGGUGAUGCGGGCUGUGGAGCAAAGGCAAGUGCAGGGUUCUGCAGUAAGACAUGUCUAAUAAACCAUUCAGUAAACAGCAGCAGCUUGGAUAGCAGGUGUAUAGAACAACUAAAUAUCCACAUGAGUCAUCAGAAUAUAUUUUCUUGCCUUGGAGUGUAUAGUGGCUUAUUUGUUUUAUUAGUUUCUAAGCAAAUAUGAAAUUGUGUAAGUAAUAGUAUGACUUUCUUCUAAUAUAAUAAGAAGAUACUAUAUUUUUAACUUGCUGGGAAUAAAAAUGCUCAAUGUUAUUUUGCCAAGGUGUGUGUUUAAGGGGUGAGGUGCACAGCAUUAUCACAAUGGAAACCACUGACUCAUUUUCUCAUGAGGAAAGGCACUGUCAGCCUACUCUAUUUCUACCAUAGUGCAGACUAAUGGUGACCUCUCUUUCCUGUGCAGUGCAAUCUACUCUCUCAUCACCAAUGCAGGCCAGUUUUCAAAAUACUAAUUACAACUACCACCUAAAAACAAGAUGACAAAUGGUAACAAAACUAUGGUUGAAUACUUUUAUUUCAUCUUUUUUUUUUUUCUCUCCGAGUCUUAGUAUUGGAGGAUUUCUUGCAAUUGAAUUUGCUGAUGUGAAAGCUUUGGUAAAUAACACUGUGCCACAGGGAUGAAUCAUCAUUAACAAAACAAAUCACAGUAUAAACAUUAUUUACUCUAUUCUGUGAUGUAAAAUAUUAGUCACUGAUAUACCGGCAUAUUCUUUCAUUUUCUGUCAUGAUUUAAUGGGUAGGCAUAGUUAUUAGGAAAAAGGUAUAUUUAGGAAAAGGUAUGCAUAAACAAUAACUUGGAACUAAAGAUGUGGAGGCACUGUACUGCACAAGGAGUCAAGGCAAUCAACAAAAACUACUUCCACCAACUACAUCCCCAUCACAACUUCUGCUACUGCUACUACUACUACUACUGCUUCUACCAUAACCAUCUAAACUACUACUGUACUACCAUAGGUGUAAAUUCCGUUUUAUGAUAAUAAUGAGCUCUUGGGAACCCCAUCAUACAACAACUCAUCAACCCUGUUACAAUAUGUGUUCUUUGACUACCAUAACUGCCCUUCAGAAGUGUAAAGCAAACACUUUCAUAAGUUAUGAAUGCAUGUUUAACAUAUUAUCAGUAUGAGAGGCAGUGCGAAUUCCCAAUCUGUUGUAGGAUGGCUCAAUUAUCCCACAAUAGACAGCAAUAAUAAGCAAAAAAAGCCUCCCAAGUAAGUAGACAGACUAGGUGAGGAUGAACAUAGCAGCAACACCAUAGAUGAAUAAAAUGUACAGCAAACUUAAAUUAACAGUCUAAUCCAAACUUAAAUUGAAGUUCCCACUUAAGUGAAGUUCCAGUAUUUUUUGCUCAAUUUAGUGAUAUGUUCCACAAAAUUGAAUGCUAUUUUUUAAAAAUUUUGGAAAAAUACAUUGUACACCCUCAAGACUGGCACAAGUUUUUGAUGGGCACUCAUGCCUCUCCUGUGCCAUGACACUUAAACACUAGUCCAUCCAAUAAUUUAUUGAUGUGUUUAAUUAAUGUGUCAAUCAAUGACUGACACAUUAGGUCAAGUUCAUAUAGAUUUAAUAAACUAAAUUUUAACUUAAUGAGCUAAUUCCACUAAAUUGAGCAAAAAAUAACAGAAAAUGCACUGGGAACAUGUAGCCUUCAGCAUGCUCUGAGCUCAGUUUCAAAAUAUGGGAGCGUGGAUGAGUAACUGAGUUAUCAGUAUAUUUACUUUCUCUCAUUUUAAGGGACAAUGUGUAUAAAUUGGAGCAGAUCAUUAUCAAUAUCACAGAUCACUAUCACUGGAGCAGAUUUAACAUGUUAGAUGAACUUAGAUCUGAUAAUCUCACAUAUGUCAGACUUAUCAUACAAAAUGACUUUUCCUGUACUACUACUGCUACUACCACUACUACUACUACUACUACUACUACUACUACUACUAUUACUACUACAACUACUAUAGUUCAAUUAAUUAUAAUUAUAAAGUCGAUGAUUUCACCAUAACUAAGUCAAAUACCUACAUUCUCUUUUCAAUGCAGGAUACCUAGAGAAGCAGAUGACCACUUUAGAAACAAAAGUAUAUUAAGAAAAAAGUAGAAACUAUAAAUAUAUCUGAUAAAGCUCAACUUUGCCAGCAAUAACAGAGCUUCCUAAUUUCUACUGACAUCACCAAGUACUUAACAAACACAUAUUAUAAUUUAAAAACAUAAUACAUAACAAUGACUUUUCAAAUGAAAUUCAACAAUCUUCAGGUAGAGACUAACUUAUCUGAAUAACAGCCCCAAUCAGACAACAACACUGGAGGAACAAACAUCUACCCUCAUCUGCCUUAAAUAAACAAAACCAAGAUGCCAAUUUCAACCAAGUAGUGGUAUGGAAGAAUAUAUGAUGUAUACAUAUAUUUCUUGCAGCACAAAAUGAUACACAUCAAAAGGUGUACCUAAAUUUACAGAAAAUUAUUUUUCUCAAUAUGUUAUGCAAUAUUUCACCACAGCUGCCAACUAUUACUUGAAUCUAUUUACGGUGAUGAAUUGGGAGUACACACCAAAUCUACUUUCCUUACUCAAAAUAUAUUAGCAAAUAAACAGAUAUUCAUCAGGGUUCACAAUAAUUAUCAGCAUUAUAUUUUAUAAGCUUAUGAAGUUUAAGGACUUCCUUAAUGGCACAUAACUGAUGUGGAAGCCAGACAACAACAAUAAACGUACUAUGUACACGGAAAUAUAUGGUGAGGUCAGAGGUGAAGUGAUGUACUGUGAGUCUGGAUUAAAAAUGCUUGUGCCAACAUGCCUCCAACUGAUAGCCACCUGUGCACUGAUACCUGACAAAUACCUUUAUGCUUAAUGUUUUCUAACUUUAUGAUAAAUUAUUGCCAACUGUAGGCAUACUUGUCCCAGGCAAUAUACUCUAAAGUGUUAUGGGUGCUUAAGAUACUAGCACUAAAGACUGGCUGAGUAGUGAAAAGUUUUAUAAAGUAAACAUGUGAGGAGGGAAAGUCUUAUUCCAUGAACUUCAGUCAUCAUUUAUGCAAAGAUUUAGAGACUAUAUACAAAGAGCAAAUUUCAGGGAUUCUUUUUGUGGUAGAGGUUAACGCACCUGGCUACCCGAUCCAGAUUUGAGUCCAGUCAGGGUAGUCAGCACUUGGCCCACCUAAAUGUUUAUCCACCAUUUAAAGAAGGUCAGUAAAAGGGUACCUGGGUAAACCUGGGGAAGCUAAACUGUGGUAACCCAGAUGUCCUACUUGCCCUGUGUCCCAAGGCAAUAGGGUCUUACUGACCACAGGCUACAGGGCCAAAGAGACAGAGAUGAACACCAAGGAAAUGGAAACUUAGCAUGAGCCUCCAACUUUUCCUUUGCCAUUUCAAAAGAAUAACAUCAGGUCAAUAAAAAAAGAACUGGAAUCUAACACUAGUCUUGAAGAAAACAAGUAUGAAACUAAAGCUGUACCUUGAUGCAAGAAAUCAAAAACCUCUAAUUCUUGUGAAUGCUAUUCAUUGGCAUUUAUAAACAUUUCAAUAAACACAUUAUUCUUUGCUUAUGAAGGAAAUUCUAUACAACAAAUAAGUGAGUAUUAUAUUUAAAUGCAAAUCUAAAUUAAUGAAAUUAAUCUCAGAAGUAAACUUUUAUGGAUUUAUUUUUUCUUUCUCUUAAUAAGCUGCUUUUGUUACAAAAUGAGACAACUUUGGGUGGAGCAAUGUGCCUUGUAGUGUCAGCCUUAUAAUUAUGAGGCCACACACUCUGAGGAACUCUCCUUGCCAUACACCAUGCAUGACAAACAACUUGUGAGGUACCUUGACAGCCUCACAAGACACCUGCUAUAGUUGCUCAUCUAUGGUGUAAAUCAAUUAAAAGAAUAUAUGAUAGUUUGCUACCAUUGUGCUCUUAAAUCAAGAUCUUCAAAUAAAAUUGUUUUUCUUAGAUGUGAUAAUUGCCACCCACAUGGGGGAAAGCAAUACACAAGUCUGAAUGUUCCAGAAUAAUUCAACAUGAAAUCUAUUGAAACUGGUAAUCAUUGUGAAGCUGAAAACUAACAUCAAAACAAGCAUAUGUUUAGACUAGAAACUAAGAUACCUAGCAAUGUACGUACUUGAGUAACCUAUAUAGACAUCUAUGGCCCCUUUGUACUAUACUGUAACUGUAACUUAGCAAAUACUUGCAUCCAGUCUGUUACCCUAGUAACAUAGGAUCCUUCCAACUAUCUAUUUACCCACUAGCAACUUCCUAGUGAAAGAGAGAAGAGGGAGAAAGAAAAUGAUGUACUAUACAGAGCUAGUGAAAAAUCUGUAUCUAUUAAUUCCACAUAGACAUCAUAAUUUAUUUAGGUAUUGCACCUUGACUUUGGUGGGCAAUCACUCCUUCACUAAGACCAUGGGAGGUGAAGGAAGAACUACCUUGAGUGCCUGCUUGUUAGAGCUGUGUGAGAACUGAGUGAAAAGAAACCCCUCAAUAGGAUAUAAAUGACAUUUUGUGCUGUGACUGUGUGAAGGAAAAUUAAAAAUGUUAAAUAAAGGGUGAAAAGAAAUAAUCAGAAUGGUAACUUAGUUUGUUUUGUGGUGUGCAUGUGAAACUGAACAGUGGGUAAGUGAGCAGCAGACACACAAAAGCUCUGCAUGGUACAUCUAAGUCUCACAUAUAUCAGCACAUUGGACAGGGUGAGUGAUAGAGGGAGAUUAGGAAAGGCAGCAAGCAUUUUGUAUUCCUGAAUACAAACUGACAUUAAAAAAAAAAUAUUGGAA